UGACUACAGUGUGCUCACCAAAAAGAGUCCAAGACCAGCUUAGUCCAAGUAGUGCCGAAUCCUCCAAAAACAAAGCAAUAAAUGAAGCCAGCACUCUUAGUCGGGACUGCUUUUUUUAUGGCAGAUAAAAGUAAAUGUUACCAAUAAUACUAGUAUAAGUGUACUGUCCUGUUUUGGCGAUAAGCCAAAUAAAUAAGCAUAAAUAAAUGGUGUUUAUUCCUUUUCGCGUCCACGUGGAAUGCUCCACUCUAUUCUUGUUCAUUUCACACGAGUGACGACGUUUGUGCAUUUUGUUCGCACGCAUCUGCAGCGCCGCCGAUCUGAGUGUCGCGCGCCUGAAGCGGCAGCCCGCGCUCCCGCUCGAGCCCCUGUUCUCGUGUCAAACACGUGAGGAGAGAGAGAGAGAGAGAGAGAGAGAGAGAGGAGGGAGGAUCUCGUAGAAAUCGGCACGUCAGUGAGUCGCACUACCGGCUGCAUCUCUGCACACACACACCAGUGUUUACUAUGCACGACGAAAAGUGAAUUAAAAGAGCACGCAGCCAAAAAACCGAUCGCUGCGUGUCGUCUGAGAUGCGCAGCUGGGAGACGCGUCUCGCGCCCGGCUCCAGGCUCCCACAAUGAUGCGGUAAGUGCUUCCGGGCGCGCGGCGCCAUCUUACACUCGGGCUACUUGGUGCGCGCAGGAGCGGCGCUUGUGCAGCGCGGCGCUUCGUCUCGGCCUUCUCACACAGCCGACGACAGCAUGUCCAAAAGACACCGGUUAGACUUAGGAGACGACUACUCGUCCAGUAAAAAGAGGUCCUCGGCGGACGGGAAAGAACGAGACAGAGACCGCAGUGACCGUUUGAGAGACAGGGACCGGGACCGGGACCGGGAGAAGGAUGCGAAGGUGUCGGGGGUGUUGCCGAGCCCCAUGGGUCCCGGCAUUGGCGGGGGACAGCUUCUCAAGCAGCCCCCUGUCCAGCAGCAGAUGAACCCGUUCACGAACCUGCCGCACACGCCGCGCUACUUCGAGAUCCUGAAGAAGCGGCUGCAGCUGCCUGUGUGGGAGUACCGGGAGCGCUUCAACGACAUCCUCGCGCGCCGACAGAGCUUCGUCCUGGUCGGAGAGACCGGCUCCGGCAAGACCACGCAGAUCCCCCAGUGGUGCGUCGAUAUGGUACGAGCACAGCCGGGACCCAAGAGGGGCGUGGCCUGCACCCAGCCCAGGAGAGUGGCGGCCAUGAGCGUGGCCCAGCGUGUGGCCGACGAGAUGGAUGUCACGCUGGGCCAAGAGGUGGGCUACUCCAUCCGAUUCGAGGACUGCAGUAGUGCCAAGACCCUCCUCAAGUACAUGACCGACGGCAUGCUGCUCAGAGAGGCCAUGAACGACCCUCUGCUGGAGCGCUACGGGGUGAUCAUCCUGGACGAGGCUCACGAGCGCACGCUGGCUACAGACAUCCUCAUGGGGGUCUUGAAGGAGGUGGUGCGACAGCGACCCGACCUCAAGGUGAUUGUUAUGAGCGCCACGCUGGAUGCGGGGAAGUUCCAGGUGUACUUUGAUAACUGCCCACUCCUCACCAUUCCCGGCCGCACGCACCCCGUGGAGAUCUUCUACACCCCGGAGCCCGAGAGGGACUACCUGGAGGCCGCCAUCCGCACUGUCAUCCAGAUCCACAUGUGUGAGGAGGAGGAGGGAGACGUGCUGCUCUUUCUCACCGGACAAGAGGAGAUCGACGAAGCUUGCAAAAGGAUUAAACGGGAGGUAGACGACCUGGGUCCCGAAGUUGGCGACAUUAAGAUCAUUCCGCUGUACUCCACACUGCCCCCCCAGCAGCAGCAGAGGAUCUUUGAGCCCCCGCCGCCCAGGAGGCCCAACGGCGCCAUCGGAAGGAAGGUCGUGGUGUCGACAAACAUCGCGGAGACUUCCCUGACAAUCGAUGGCGUGGUGUUUGUAAUUGAUCCCGGAUUUGCCAAGCAAAAGGUGUACAACCCGCGCAUUAGGGUGGAGUCCCUGCUGGUGACGGCCAUCAGCAAGGCGUCGGCCCAACAGCGGGCGGGCCGCGCUGGCAGGACGCGCCCAGGGAAGUGCUUCCGCCUUUACACAGAAAAAGCCUACAAAACCGAGAUGCAGGACAACACGUAUCCUGAGAUUCUCAGGUCCAACCUGGGCUCUGUUGUGCUGCAGCUGAAGAAACUGGGUAUCGAUGACUUGGUGCACUUUGAUUUCAUGGACCCUCCAGCCCCGGAGACCCUUAUGCGUGCCCUGGAACUGCUGAACUACCUGGCGGCUCUGAACGACGACGGCGACCUCACGGAGCUGGGCUCCAUGAUGGCCGAGUUCCCCCUGGACCCGCAGCUGGCCAAGAUGGUGAUCGCCAGCUGCGAGUUCAACUGCUCCAACGAGAUCCUGUCCAUCACCGCCAUGUUGUCAGUCCCGCAGUGUUUCGUUCGCCCCAUGGAGGCAAAGAAGGCGGCCGACGAGUCCAAGAUGAGGUUUGCUCACGUAGACGGAGACCACCUCACGCUACUCAACGUGUAUCAUGCCUUCAAACAGAACCACGAGUCUGUGCAGUGGUGCUACGAUAACUUUGUGAACUACCGCUCGCUGAUGUCAGCCGACAACGUUCGGCAGCAGCUCUCGCGGAUCAUGGACCGGUUCAACCUGCCACGGCGGAGCACGGAGUUCACCAGUCGAGACUACUACAUCAACAUACGGCGCGCUCUGCUCACCGGUUUCUUCAUGCAGGUGGCACACCUGGAGCGGACUGGGCAUUACCUGACCGUUAAGGACAACCAGGUUGUCCAGCUUCACCCCUCAACUGUCCUGGACCACAAACCGGAGUGGGUGUUGUACAACGAAUUUGUGCUUACCACCAAGAACUACAUCCGCACCUGCACCGACGUCAAGCCGGAAUGGCUGGUGAAGAUCGCUCCCCAGUACUAUGACAUGAGCAACUUCCCGCAGUGCGAAGCCAGGAGGCAACUGGAGCGAAUCGUCACCAAACUCCAAAGCAAGGAAUAUUCGCAGUACUGAAGCAGGGAACAUGCGCACUGAACUUUUUCCAUUUGUACGCAACAGCUCUCUCUGAAAGAUUCUUUGCUGUUCAGAAUUGCUUAUUUUUUAUAACUCUGGCUUUUUUAAGUGGGUUUUUUUUUUUUUUUUUUUGUUCGUUCUUACAGUAGCAUAGCAGAAUUUUGGAACUGAAUACUACAGACAUUCUCAAGGUUUUCACAGGGGUACAGUUACAUAACACAUAAUGCAUGAUCAUUCAUGUGGAUGUUGACAUUCCUUUUAGAAAUUGUGAACUCUAACAGAAGUACUGGUGUAGACAGUCCUUGUUUCUUCAAAGAAGCUCUGACUUCAAUAAAAUUAUUAAUUCGAGUGCUGGCUGAGAUGAGCUUCUUCACAGGAUGAGUGUUCAUUUUGAGUGCAACCAGGGGACACAAUGACUCUCCCCUCCCAUGUCCCUGAAACUGUCACUUUGUGCUUUAAUGAAUACUGCUUGGCGCUGAGUUGGGAACUGUUGUGCACCGAAAGACAAUAUUUAGGCUGGACUCAUGCAUAAUACAUUUGUGUGAAUUCACACAACUCCUGGUCUGGUUGUUCGAAAGCCAGUGGC